CGGCGCGGGCAGCGCGGGGCCCCGGCGGCGGCGGGACCGGCUGCGCGGCGACGAGAGGGGGGGAGCGCCGAUUUCGGGCUGAGUUUCGAGCGUUUCGUGUCUUUUUACUUCCCCCCCCCUCCCCUCUAGAACUUACCGCUUUUUGCUCGCUUUCCCUCCGCUCGGGCGCCCGCGGAGGGUGCGCGGCCCCUCCAAGCGGGCGGGCGCAGCGCCGCGGCCGGCCCGGCUCCGCCGCCCCGCCGAUGCUCAACAUGACCGAGGAGCACGACAAAGCGCUGGAGGCUCCCUGCAGCCCCGCGGGCACCACCAGCUCCAUGUCGCACGUGGACUCGGACUCGGACUCGCCGCUCUCCCCCGCCGGCUCCGAGGGGCUGGGCUGCGCCCCCGCGCCCGCCCCGCGCCCGCCCGGCGCCGCCGCGCUGGGGGCCAAGGUGGACGCGGCCGAGGUGGACGAGCGCUUCCCCGCCUGCAUCCGCGACGCCGUCUCGCAGGUGCUCAAGGGCUACGACUGGAGCCUGGUGCCCAUGCCCGUCCGCGGCAACGGAUCGCUCAAGGCCAAGCCGCACGUCAAGCGGCCCAUGAACGCCUUCAUGGUGUGGGCGCAGGCCGCCCGCAGGAAGCUGGCGGACCAGUACCCGCAUCUGCACAACGCCGAGCUCAGCAAGACGCUGGGCAAGCUCUGGCGCUUGUUGAGCGAAAACGAGAAACGUCCCUUCGUGGAGGAAGCCGAGCGGCUCAGGGUGCAGCACAAAAAGGAUCACCCGGAUUACAAAUACCAGCCCCGGAGGAGGAAAAGCGUCAAAGCCGGGCAGAGCGACUCGGACUCGGGGGCUGAGCUCAGCCACCACGCCGGCACUCAGCUCUACAAGGCCGACACGGGGCUGGGGGGCAUGGCCGACUCCCACCACCACGGGGACCACGCAGGCCAGCCCCACGGGCCCCCCACGCCGCCCACCACGCCCAAAACCGACCUGCACCACGGCGGCAAGCAGGAGCUGAAGCACGAGGGCCGGCGCCUGGCGGAGAGCGGCCGCCAGAACAUCGACUUCAGCAACGUGGACAUCUCGGAGCUGAGCAGCGAGGUCAUCAACAACAUGGAGACCUUCGACGUGCACGAGUUCGACCAGUACCUGCCCCUGAACGGCCACGCCGCGCUGCCGGCCGAGCACGGCGCCGCCUCUGCCGCCGCCGCCUCCUACGCCGGCUCCUACUCGCACUCGGGCGCGGCCGCCCAGGUGUGGACUCACAAGAGCCCGGCCUCGGCGUCGCCGGCGGCCGCCGAGCCGGGCCAGCAGCAGCGGCCGCACAUCAAGACGGAGCAGCUGAGCCCCAGCCACUACAGCGAGCAGCCCCACGGCUCCCCGGCGCACUCCGACUCGUACGGCUCCUACGGCGGCCAGGCCUGCGCCACCACGGCCGCCCCGGCCGCCGCCUCCUCCUCGUCCUUCUCCAGCUCCCAGUGCGACUACACGGACCUGCAGAGCUCCAACUACUACAACCCCUACCCCGGCUACGCCUCCAGCCUCUACCAGUACCCCUACUUCCACUCGUCGCGCCGCCCCUACGCCACGCCGAUCCUCAACGGGCUGUCCAUCCCGCCGGCGCACAGCCCCACCGCCAACUGGGAGCAGCCCGUCUACACCACGCUGACCAGGCCUUAAAGGAUCCCCGGAGGCUCCCCUGGAAUUAUGCACUAAAAAUGAAGGAAUGAGGAGGGAGGGGAAAGAGCGCGGAGCGUUUCCGAAGUGCCUCCCGAGCCGCUGUGGGGGAACUCUUGCUCGCCGCCGCCUUGCUUCGAAAUUUUCGCUCCCCCCACCACCCCGUGAAAGGACAGAGCUCUGGGGUUUUGUUUUGUUUUUUUUCUUUGAUUCGUAGGAUUUAAGAAAUUCAGCAAAAAUAAAUAAAUAAAUAAGCAACCAAACAAAGGACUAAAAAUUAAAAAAAUUAAAAAAUAAAAAAAAAAAGAGGAAAAACAAACAAAAGGAAAAGGACGGGCGAUGCCUUUUGAGUUAAAUGAAGGACAAAACCGUUCUGGACUCCUCUGGGAGGACUGAGCCGAACUCGCCUGGCCUGGAAGUUUGGCCAAGUGCAAAACCUGGAGCAGGGGGUGGGGAGAGACAGGGGGUGACAAAACAACAACAACAACACAAAAGCUGUUUGAGACUUUCAGGGUCUAUUGCAAUGUGAGGAACGGGACCAACCUUGAGGGCAGGAACUCACUGGGACCAACAGGGAUGAGCCCCAAAAUCCCGGAACAAUCCCAUGGGAAAGAGUCUGAUGGGACCAACCAAUUCAGUGUCUGAAGUGUUUGUUGAUUUUUAUUUUAUUUUUUUUUUUUUUCCAGUCAGGAGUUCUUCUAAGCAAGGUUCGGCUGUAAUUAACACUUUGUUUUGGUUUUGUUAUUUUGGAAGCUUCAAAUGUUACUGGUUGUUUUGUUUUGGGUUUGUUCUUUUUUUUUUUUUUUUUUAAAGCUGUUAAAUAUGUAUUUAUGUUCUGUAUUAUUUUGUCUUUUAAUUAAUGAAGUCAUUUUGUGCAAAACGGAGAAAAAAAGGUAGAAUUUUUAAGAGAUUUUAAAGACGGGGGAGGGAGCCUAAAAAAAAAAUAGUGGAGAUGAUACAAUAAACUGUUAUGAGUCUAUAGAUUUUCCUUGGUUUUUUGGGUUUUUUUCAUUUUUGGAACCGCUGCAGGAGCCGUGCUGGAGAGAGGGACUGAAGGAAUCCGCCUGGAAACUCCAGUGGGAAUGUCAAAUAACGAGGGGGGGAAUCACUAAUUCAACUGGGAGGCUCGAAGGCUGCCUCAGAAGGGCAGGUGAUUUUUCUGGCCGCCUGUUUUGGGCUGUUAAAAUCAGAUUUCAGGAGUCUUCGACGGCUUUCACAACCAGGACUACUUUAAAGGAGCUGUAAUUUCAUGAGAAACCAUCGACUUAUGCUUUAAUUUUUGGCUUCUAGGGACCAGAUAUCAUCCAUCAAGCUGUGAAACUAAAAUCUCCUCCACUAAAAAAAAAAAAAAAAACAAACAAACAAAAAAACAAAACAAAAACCUGGGUUUAGGGUACUUAGUUUUUAGACUAAUAUUUCAUUGAUAUAUUUCUACUUCUUCCAUUGUAUGCUGAGCAUAUAAAUAACCGUCUAUUUUAUGGGAACUCGUGCCUUUAAAAGCCUUUGUAAAUCUAAAUCCGCCUUUCAGAGGUUAUUCAUCUUUUUACCUUUUCUACGUUUCCUACUCUUUUUUUUUUUUUCUAAAAAAUAUUUUUUUGCGUAUUUCCUUUGGGGGUGGGGAGGGCAGGGACACGCUGGGCUGUGGGGAAAAGACAAGAAAAAGCUCGUUUUUAUGCAAUCUAUUUUUCUGUAUAAAGUUUGAAAGACUUUUGGUUGUUACUGAUCUGUUCUCUUCACUCGCUUCUGACUAAGCAAUGCUAACUUUUGUACAGAUCCAUUUGAUAAAAUUAAAAAGUGCUUUUUAUCAA